AUGCCUCCGCAAAUCUUCAAGGCGACCUACAGCGGUGUGCCUGUCUAUGAGAUGCAAGUCGCGUCGUCGAUAUCUGAGGGUGUCUCGGUCAUGCGAAGACGCGCAGACGGCUGGCUUAACGCGACCCAAAUCCUCAAAGUUGCCGGCUUCGACAAACCACAGCGAACACGCGUUUUAGAGCGCGAAGUGCAAAAGGGGGUCCAUGAAAAGGUCCAAGGUGGCUACGGAAAGUACCAAGGUACAUGGGUUCCUCCAGAGUCGGCCCUCGCGCUUGCUAGGCAAUACGAGGUCGAGCCACAACUGCGUCCUAUCAUUGAUUACAGGCCGUCGGAAGACAGCCCCCCGCUGGCACCAAAGCAUACGGUGGUUGGAAACAACCUCCUUCCACCAGGGUUCAAGCAGGGUAGACAUCGGAGUCCGGCGGAAUACAGCUCCACACGCACCAGGAGUGCUCGCCACCCAUCUGAAGAGUCGGAGAGAUACUCCGGAAACGGGGGGUCAUCUGAACCCUCUGCGACUCCAUCCCCUGUUGCAUCCGUCACAACACUCUCUCGAGAUGGUCAGGAGGUCGAGGUUGUUCAGCCAUCCCCGAGGAAGCAGCGGAAACAAGAUUCGCCAGAGCCAGAUAGCUUCAAAAAUGCCAUGCUCGAAUACUUUCUAACGGACACUGCACAAAUACCACAGCUUCUUAUCCACCCACCCCCGGCCUGGACGUCAAUGUAG